CGGCCUGCAAGCCCCUGCGCCCAGCUGCCCAGCCAUGGACGCCCUGGGUCCUGCGGACGACCGCGUCUCCCCAGCCUCGUGCACGGGGAGCCUGGACCUCAGGCGGCUGUCCACGCGCGUCGACUCGGCCUACAGCUCUUUGUCAGCGGCCUCGGGCGAGCCCGAGCCCCGCACGCCGUCUCCUGGCACGGAGCUCCGUCCCUACCUCGACUCUGCCUACGUGAGUGUGGUUUGGGGCGGCCCGUCCUCCGCCGCCCAGCGCAUCACCCAGCAGCGGCCCGGGCCGGCAGCGCCUGCGCGAACGGGGCCGUGCACCCCCCAGAUCCCGGGGACCCCGGGGCCGCUCAGCCGACAGGCCACCCCGCUGCUGUACGCGCUGGCCGCCGAGGCCGAGGCCGAGGCCCAGGCCACGGCGCGGGCCUCCGAGCCGCCCAGCCCGCCGGCCUCGAGGGCCGCCUACCGCCAGCGGCUGCAGGGCGCGCAGCGGCGGGUGCUACGGGAGACGUCCUUCCAGCGCAAGGAGCUGCGCACGAGCCUCCCCGCCCGCCUGCGGCCCGCCGGGCCCCCCGCGCCCGCCACGGCGCACCCGCGCUCCGCCUCGCUCAGCCACCCGGGCGCCCAGGAGCCCGCGCGCUCCGUGGCCCGGACACUGGCACCCGCGGGCCGGCGACAGCUCCUCGCCAACCAGCAGCGGACGUGGUGCUUUUCGGAGCCAGGGAAGCUGGAUCGCGUGGGCUGGGGCGGUGGACACGCGGGCGAGCGCUCGAGUGAGGCCGGCUCCGGCUCGGGCCUCGCCAGGCCGGACCCCCCGCGUGCCGAGCGCGCAGAGUUCCAGGACCGCAGACCGCGAAGCGCGGCAGAGGUGGAGUCUGGGCCCAUGAAGCUUGGCUGUGUCCCUAGGCCUGCGAACCGGAGUCAGAGCACGUCGGGCGAGGUCUUGGGUCGCUGCAGACGUUCAGAAAGGACCGUGGCCGCUGUGCAGGCUGUUUCUCAAGGAUCAGAACCGCCCAGGCCAUUGUUUCAGGCCAAGCAUUCCAGGUUCUUGACUCAGAGGGGAUCUGCAGGGGCGUGUCCUCCAGAGGUCCCCCAGAGCAACCCGGCCAGCUGUGAGCAGAGGGUCUCUGAUACUUGCAUUGUGCCCACCUGGCUCCCCUCCGUCCCUGAUGAUGAUGUGUUCGUGGAAGAAACCCUGCUGGACGCGGUGCCUUUACCUUCAGAUUCCCAGGCUGCCCAGGGAUUCCCAACCAGGGUCCAACAUGCUUCUGACCAGCAGUGUAAAAAUGGCUUGAGCCAAAGGGCUGGCCAGACAACAGUCCCUGUAGAGUGUCCCUUCCAUGAGAGUCAAGGGACUCCAGGAGCAGAUGACCACUGGCAAGGGGUAAACAGCAACGGUUCCGUGGGCAUCUUCAGACCCAUAAGCUGUAGCCCUUCUGGGACUGCAGAUGGUGACUUCUCGGCCAUUGGCUCCGCUGGACCGCUAACCCCUGAUCCCUCUUCAGUUUUAGAGAAUAAACCCCUCAAAUGUAGCCCAGUUGAUGCACUUGGACCCUCUGGCAGGGACACUGCCAGGCUGUCUCAGCUCGCUUCCUUGGCCUGGGGCACUGGCCAGCCUGGUUCCAAACCAACGUGGCCUAGCCAGCGUUUUGAGGAGCUGGUUCAGGAGCUGGCCAGACUGGAUCCCUCUCUGAGUGACACACUUGCCUCCCAGCCCAGCCCAGAGCCCCCCUUGGGCUUGCUAGAUGGGCUGAUUCCAUCGUCGGAGGUGUGGGCUGCAAUGAGGCCAGCCGAAGAGGAGGCCAUUGGCGGUUCCGAGGAAGGGUCCUAUCGGUUCAGCUUCACCCAGCCAUUGCCAACGUCUCAGAAGAAAACGAGGUCUGAAAACUCUACCCUCCACCCUGUGCCUGACCAGACAUGUGGUCAGGGGCUCCCCACACCAAACAGCAUGCAGGCCAAGAAAGUGGAGCUAGCCAGCCUCCUGCAAAAGAUGCUGCUGGAUCUCCGGGAAGAGCAGGAGCGACUGCAGGGUGCCGACGUCGCGUGGACCCGACACAAGGCUGCGCUGGAGGCUGCCGUGGGCCAGGCUUGCGCGCCCAGGGAGCUAGAGCGGUUCAGCCGGUUCAUGACCGACCUGGAGCGCGUCCUUGGCCUCCUGCUGCUGUUGGGCAGCCGUCUGGCCCGGGUGCGCCUCGCCUUGACCAGGGCGGGCUCCGACGGCGAUCCUGAUGAGCGGGAGUCUCUGCUGCAACGACUGGAGCUCCUGCGGCGGCAGCAGGAGGAUGCCCAGGAGCUAAAGGAGCACGUGGCGCGGCGCGAGCGGGCCCUGCGGGAGGUGCUGGGCCGGGCGCUGCCAGCAGAGGAUCUCCAUGCCUACUGUGCCCUGCUGGCGGGCAAGGCCGCAGUCCUGGCCCACCAGCGCAGCUUGGACGAGAGAGUGCGGCUCCUGGAGGAUCAGCUAGAUGCCAUCAGGCAUGACCUUGGAUGCCAUCCCCUUUCUCCCAGGCUGUUCUAGUCCCCACGGAUCCAUCCUUUCCCCGACUCCCUCUAAUCUAGUUACAGAUGGUGGAGGUGAGGCCAGGUUGACGGAAAUCUGGAAGUCCCAGGCCUAGCCUCCCGAACGUUCUCCUGUGGAUUUAGUCAGUCCCCCCCCCCCCCCCCGUGGGAUAUUAUUGAGAAUUGAUUUACAGGUCUUAAGAGCAGCAGUAUUCGAGUUUGGCCUGGUGGUGCGGAUUUGCAAUUCCAUCUAUUUGGAAGGCCAAGGCAGGAGGAUCAUAUGUUGAGCCUGCCUGGGCUAGAACAAGUUCAGCCUGGUGACACCCUGUCUCCGAAUGCAAAAGGAGGGCCAAGAGCCUAGCUGAACUGUCGAGCGCUUGCCUAGCAUCCGCAAGGCCCUAGGCCCAAUCCCUAGUCUUAUAGCAGCCAAACCGAAACCCUGCAGUGGCAGGCCCUCCCUCCUUUCUUGUGACGGAGGGGGGAUUUGUUAGGGUGGGCGAGGGCGAGAGGAGACACGAAGGAGCAGCAGCAGCUGAAAGUGAAAAGCAUUCUUGUUUCCCAAUAAAAUUUUCCAAGAGAA